AUGAUAAGUGAAUAUCUUCUAGGAGCGCUUCUUGUGGUCUGUGUACAGGCAAUCGAAAUAAGUUCAUAUGCACGGGUUUCCAAAAGUGGCGAUUUUCAGCAAAACUCCAAUGCUACUGACAGCACGGCGAACCAAGAAACUGGACGAUCAUCAGGUGGCGGAGGCUUUCAAUUCCAACAUUUUCUCACAAACCCUGUCAAGUACAGAACCAGUAGUUACCAGGAGAACUACAAAACACCAAAAUAUAUUGUUUAUCCCAGCAACAGUCAGCAGAUGGAUUCUUCCAGCUCCUCAAGCAAAGAUGUUGCUAUGGAUCGAUUUGCACCAGGGGAAGCGUAUGGAGGCACGAUUUAUAAAAUAUUGAAAGCCAAACAGAAAGGCUACCAGUACCAAAAACCAAGCAACCCUUUGGAUGACUCAUCACCCCCGCCACCGCCACCGCCACCGCCACCACCAUCUCCAGCACCGCCACCUCCACCACCACCGCCACCAGCUCCAUCACAACCAUCAAUGACUCCACCCUCGCCUACAAUGAUUAUAGUAGCACCUACUCCUGUUCCUUCUAAUAGUGAUUCUAGUAUGAACUCAGUUCCAAGCUCCCCAUCAUCAAACCAAUACAUUCCUCCUCCCGAUCUUUACAAUUUUCCACCGAAUGUAAACUCAAACUAUUUGCCUCCUCCGGUCAAUGAACAACUCAAGUUUAAUGGUGUAUCAAGCUAUCUUCCACCUCCAGCCGGGUCAUCGCCAUCCGAUUCUGGACCACCACCACCAGAUGCCGGACCACCAUCAGAAUCUGAUGACAUGAUCGGAGCUAUACCGGUUGGUCCCGAUUAUCCCAAAUAUCUACCACCGAAUCCCUCCUACCUGCCUCCUCAAUCAAUGAUGAAUAUGCAACCCGAACCAAUGGACAUGCCUCCAAUGAUGAAUACCAUGGCUGCGUCACCCCCAAUGAUGAAUGACAUGGGUCCUCCAAUGGUCCCUGAACACCACCACUUCAGCGGAUACGAACACUAUCACCCUCAUGACCAUUUUCCAGAGUAUAUAUACGAUGAACCCCAUCAUCAUCAUCAUCAUCAUCAUCCUCAUGACUAUGAACAUUAUUUGGAACAUGAUCAUUAUCAUCAUCAUCACGAUGAAAUUACAACGGUAGCUCCUCCACCACCACCUCCACCGCCGCCACCACCACCCCCGGAUGCAGGUACAGCACGUGUCAAAAAUUACAGCUACUACUACAUUAGCCGAACGCUUUGGUACGUUCCACUGUACUUCACGCUGUAUUUUUGUUUCUAUGUGUUGAUUUUGAUUCUACGAUCCAUUGCUCGACACAAGGUGAACAUCCCUAAUCAAUGGGUUGGUACGAGAUCGCUGGAAGCAAUGCCAACUAUGACGAAUGCACAAGUAGCCGAGAAGGUAGACAUGCUGACAAAUUUCGUGAUGAGACAAAUUGAGGAUUUUAAGGACAAAUAUGUUGGAUAAUGGUGGUUGCUAGGAAUUAAUGAUUGUUAAUGGGCCUAUAGCAACCGCAACUGGGGUUUUUUCCAUAUUGAUCUCU